CGCCAAUGUAUUACAAAGGAUUCUACCACAUGUUCUACCAGCACAAUCCUUUGGCUCCUGAAUUCAAUGACAUAAUCAUAUGGGGGCACUCUGUUUCACAAGAUAUGGUCAAUUGGAUCCAACUCGAACCAGCCCUAUUUCCUACUGAGCCCUUUGACAGAAACAGCUGCUGGUCAGGAUCCGCAACGAUCCUCCCCGAUGGCAAACCUGUAAUUAUGUACACCGGACUCCACGAGCCUAACAGACAGCAGGUUACAGUGAUUGCCGAACCUAAGGAUGUUUCCGACCCUUUGCUUCGAGAGUGGGUAAAGCCAAAAUACAAUCCUGUGAUGCUUCCUCCAGAUGACAUCCCUUUUGAUGGUUUCCGUGACCCUACGACCGCAUGGCAAGGCCAAGAUGGGAAAUGGAGAGUUCUCGUAGGAGCUAGGCAGAUAGAUACUGAAAGAGGAAUGGCGAUUUUAUACCACAGUGAUGAUUUUGUCCAAUGGACAAGGCAUCCGGUUCCUUUACUUGCGUCACAAGACACUGGAAUGUGGGAGUGCCCUGAUUUUUUCCCGGUUUCCAUAACGGGUAAAGAAGGUGCAGAUACUUCGGUGAACAAUGCUAGUGUGAAGCAUGUCUUGAAAUCGAGUUUUGGAGGCCAUGAUUGCUAUGUUAUCGGUACAUACUCUUCCGAGACUGAAGAAUUUGCUGCGGAUUCUGAGUUCACUAACACAAGUGCGGAUUUGAGAUAUGAUCAUGGAACGUUUUACGCAUCGAAGGCCUUCUUCGAUAGCGUUAAGAAUCGAAGGAUCAACUGGGGAUGGGUUAUAGAGACUGAUAGCAAAGAAGAUGAUUUUCAGAAAGGAUGGUCUGGCCUCUUGUCUCUUCCCAGAGAAAUAUGGCUGGACACAAGUGGAAAGAGGCUGAUACAAUGGCCAAUUGAAGAAAUUAACAAUCUCCGGACUAGACAAGUUACCUUGGAUAACAAGGAACUCAAAGGCAGCUCGAUUCUUGAAAUCUCAGGCAUCACUGCUUCGCAAGCCGACGUAGAAGUGACUUUUGAUCUGCCUGUUCUGGAAGAAAAUUCCCAAAUACUGGACUCUGACCAAGUUGAUGAUGCGGUUUUGUUCGACCGUGAUAGCUUGGUUAGCUGCGUUUAUGGGCCUUUUGGGUUGCUAGCUUUGGCUAGUAGUGAUUUAUCGGAACAAACCGCAAUCUUCUUCAAAAUUAUUCGUUGCGGAAAUGGAUAUUCAGUUAUCAUGGGCAGCGAUGAGAAGAAGUCUUCGUUGAGAGACAACAUAAAGAAAUCUACUCAUGGAACAGUCUUAGACAUUGAUCCAAGACAUGAGAAGAUAUCAUUAAGAUGUUUGAUCGAUCACUCGAUUAUAGAGAGCUAUGGAGCAGGAGGAAGAAAUGUGAUAACCUCUAGGGUUUAUCCCAAUUUGGCAAUUGGUGAAGCAGCUAAGCUUUAUAUGUUCAAUGAUGGAACAAGGAGUGUGACCAUGUCGUCUCUGGAAGCUUGGAGCAUGAGAAAUGCUGAAGUCAAUUCCAACGCAAUUUAAUUAAUCAUUUAAUAACGAUGAUAAUAAUUAUCAUCCGGGUUUGGACUGGCCUGAAGAUGUUUCCGUCUUUUGGUCAUGGACUAAUUUAAGAAUUAUUAUGCGUCUUUUGUAUUCAAGUUAUUGUGUGGUUAUUCAUUUCCCUGUAUUAAUUAUU